GAAACACUCGGCAACGAUCUCGACGAAGGAGACAACGAGUACGUUGGACUGUGCAAAUACGCGUUGAGAUUCUCCAAAGCUCUCCUAGCUUGUGCUCGCGAGUUAGAAACUGAUCGAAGUAGCAGUUUGACGAGAGCGAAGAACAUCCUCGAAAUCGCCUUUUUUGCUUCACAGGAGCGCUUCGAAACCGAGUACACGGCAAAGUUGUGGCUCGAUGCGCAACGAGCUGAUUGUGUGGCGAAUAUGGUUCGUCGCCUCGUCGAUCACCCAGAUUCGUGGCCGUUGCGUGAUCGUUUUCAAGUCGAUUUUCUUCUCUCCAUCGCUCCCCGCGGGCUACAAUUGGCUUUCAUUUCUUUAAGUAAUACCCAUUUC